UAUUUGGUAGAACAAACAUUAAGAGCUUGUCUGUUGAAACAGCCUUUUGAUCUACAGCGUUAAUCUGUCUGCAAUGUCUUUUAUCAGAGUAGAAGAAACUUCAGAUUUCUCUUUUCAAAAUCUUCCAUAUGGAAUAUUUUCUACAUCAGAUAAUCCAAAACACAGAAUAGGAGUUGCAGUCGGUGAGCAGAUACUGGACCUGAGUGUAAUUAAACACCUUUUUACUGGACCAGUUCUUUCGAGUCACCAUCAUGUCUUUGACCAGCCAACUCUCAAUGCUUUUAUGGGCCUUGGUUAUAAUGCUUGGAGGGAAGCUAGAUCAUUUAUUCAACGGCUUCUUUCUACUAGUGAACCAACACUUCGAGACAACAGUGAUUUAAGGAACAGAGCAUUUGUACCUCAAACCUCUGCCACCAUGCACCUCCCUGCAGAAAUUGGUGAUUAUACCGAUUUCUACUCUUCUUGUCACCAUGCGACUAAUGUUGGAAUCAUGUUCAGGGGAAAGGAGAACGCUCUCAUGCCAAACUGGUUACAUCUGCCAGUUGGUUAUCAUGGUCGUGCAUCUUCAGUUGUGGUUUCUGGUACUCCUAUUAGAAGACCAAUGGGACAGAUGAGGCCAGAUGACUCUAAGCCACCAGAGUAUGGUCAUUGCAAACUUCUGGACUUUGAAUUAGAAAUGGCCUUCUUUGUAGGUUCAGGCAAUGCAUUGGGAACGCCAAUUCCAAUAUCCCAAGCUCAUGAACACAUUUUUGGAAUGGUUCUUAUGAAUGACUGGAGUGCUCGUGACAUCCAAAAAUGGGAGUAUGUCCCACUAGGUCCUUUCCUGGGAAAGAGCUUUGGAACAACCAUAUCACCUUGGGUUGUCCCUAUGGAAGCACUUAUGCCAUUUAUAGUGCAGAAUACAGUUCAGGAUCCAAAGCCAUUACCGUACCUUCUUCAUGAAGAUCCUUACACCUUUGACAUCGACCUUUUUGUCUCCAUUAAAGGACAAGGAAUGGAUAAGCCAACAACUGUAUGCAAAUCAAAUUUUAAGUACAUGUACUGGGAUAUGAAACAGCAGCUAGCUCACCAUACAGUCAAUGGGUGCAAUGUCAGGCCUGGAGAUCUGCUGGCAUCUGGAACAAUUAGUGGACCAGAUCCAAGUAGUUUUGGAUCAAUGUUAGAGCUAUGCUGGAAAGGUACAAAGACAGUUGAUCUUGGGAAUGGAAAUACUCGCAAAUUCUUGCAAGACGGAGAUGAGGUUAUUAUUACAGGUUACUGCCAGGGUGAUGGCUAUCGAGUAGGAUUUGGUCAAUGCUCUGGAAAGGUGCUUCCACCCCUUAUGGUAUAAACUACUCACUGAUUCCCACACUGGAGUCUGAAUGCAUAGUACCUGCCCCCAAACUGCCUAAGGGACAGUCUUCUUAUGAUCUUACAGUGCAUAUUGUUACCAACAGCAGUGUUAAAUAUGCCUUUAAAACAUUGUGCAUCUCUCAACGCUGAAUUUGUUUCAUAUUAAUAAAGAGAUUGUAUCUUUUUCUAAAACUA